AUGGUGACACAAGCUGGGGUCCAGAAAACAGAUGGCACAGGAGCAGGUGGCUCUGCAGGCAGGGGCCGACCACCUACUGUGGCCAAGCAGCAGCUUGGACCUCGCUGGAGCUGCAAGGACAGCCUGCCCCUGGGCUUCUCUGGGUUUAUCAAGGUGAAGGAAAGUAACUUGUUUGUGGCCAUGUUGGAGGGCUUUGUGGGUGUGCCUGAGCGUUGGUUCAAUGGGUUCCGUUUCAGGGGGCGGGCACUGAAGUUCUGUCCAAUCAGAGGCGUGACAUUGRGAUCUGUCCAAUCCAGCGCAGAGCCCGUGAGGAGGGGGCGGGUUUCUGCCAUCCGGGCCGGCUGCUGUCCCGAUCUGUCUUUAUGUUCGCUCCGCUGUGCUCCUGCUGUUCGGGUCACUGUACUGCGGAGGCGCUGGGAACCCACAGGAGAGCGCUGCGCUCCCGACCUCUGGGAAAUGGUGAGUGAGCGGGGGCGUCUGGAGCCCGGGCGCUGCGUGGAACUGGCAGGACUGUUGCGGCGGGAACCUGAAACGGUGGGUGGGACACCCCGUCCUCUCCAGUCUGCAGCCCCGAGUCCUCCUCAGGGCAGCGCCGCCCUCAGCUGCCCUGGCCGUCCUAGAGGAGCGCAGGUCCGCCGGCGGGGACCCAACCCCCUCCCGGGUCACUGCGUGGUCGCCUCCGCCCUGUCUGGGCAGCAGCCUGCCAGCAGCUCUGCCUCGCCCCAGCUGUGCGUGAGACUACCAUGGCCUGAGUGCUCUGAAACUGAACUGUUGACAUUCAGGGAUAUAGCCAUUGAUUUCUCUGAAGAGGAGUGGGAAUGCCUGGAGCCUGCUCAGCGGAAUUUAUACAGAGAUGUGAUGCUAGAGACCUACAGAAACCUGGUCUUCCUGGAUAUAGAUUACUGGAAAGUGUGUAACACAUGUAAUGAAACAAGCAACACCUUCAGCCAGGUCUCUACUCUAAGCAACCAGUGUACUUACAUUGGAGAAAACAAUURCAAAUGUAGCAAAACAGAGAAGAACUCCAGCUCUGGUUGCAAUAUGAGAGAACAUCAGUGUGGCCAUUGUGCACAGAACUCUUACAGAGAUGACGAAUGUGGGGACGCCUUUCCUGAGUGCUCAAAGCUGAUGACCCAUCCAAGUACUCAGGGCCAAGAGGUGCCUUGCAAAUGUGAGGAACGUGAGAGAGCUUCUAACCCAGCGGCUAGCAUUCCUCAAUACAGUGGAGCUCCUCCUGGAAGGGAGCCCCCCAAAUUUAAGGAAUGUGUCCAAGCAUGGAGUUGCUCACCCCUUUCUAAACACAAGUACCAUAGCAGUGAUCAACACUACAAAUUUAAAGAAUGUGGCAAAACUUUUAAUCUAGGACCUCCCCCUGUUAAACACCACAGAACUCAUAGUGGAGAGAAACCCUACAAAUGUGAAGAAUGUGGCAAAUCCUUUAAUAAUUGCUCAACCCUUUCUAAACACCUGAGAUGGCAUAGCAAUGAGGAAACCUACAAAUGUAAGGAAUGUGAAAAAGUUUUUAAGAAUUUUUCAGUCCUAAUUCAACACCAAAGUAUUCAUACAGGAGAGAAGCCCCACAGAUGUGAAAAAUGUGGGAAAUGUUUUACUCAAAAAGUAUAUCUUAUUAAACACCAGAGAAUUCAUGCAGGAGAGAAGCCCUACAAAUGUCAGGAAUGUAGCAAAGCUUUUAAGGAUCAUUCAACCUUUACCAAACACCAGAGAAUUCAUACAGGAGAGAAGCCCUACAAAUGUGAGACAUGUGGCAAAGCUUUUACUUUCGGAUCAAGCCUUAUUAAACAUCAGAGACUUCAUACUGGAAAGCAUCCCUACAAAUGUGAAGAAUGUGGGAAAGUUUUAACAAAAAGAGGAUACCUUUCUGAACACCAGAGACUUCAUACUGGAGAGAAGCCCUACAAAUGUGAAGAAUGUGGGAAAGGCUUUCAUCGAAGAGCACACCUCACUGAACACCGGAGAAUUCAUAGUGGAGAGAAGCCCUACAAAUGUAAGAAAUGUAGCAAAGCUUUUAAUGCUCAUUCAGCCUUUUCCACACAUCAGAAAAUUCAUACAGGAGAGAAGCCCUACAAAUGUGAAACAUGUUGCAAAGCUUUUAAUCGAAGAGCACACCUUACUCGACACCAGGGAAUUCAUCAUGGAGAGAAGACCUACAAAUGUAAGGAAUGUGGCAAAGCUUUUAGGGAUCAUUCAUCCCUUACCAAACACCAGAGAAUUCAUACCGGRGAGAAGCCCUACAAAUGUAAUGAGUGUGGGAAAGAUUUUACUCAAAGCUCAACCCUUACUCAACACCAGAGAAUUCAUACAGGAGAGACACCCUACAAAUGUAAAGAAUGUGGGAAAAGUUUUACUCAAAGAACAUGCUUUACUCAACACCAGAGAAUCCAUGGAGGAGAGAAGCCCUACAAAUGUGAAGGGUGUGGGAAAGAUUUUACCCAAAGAUCACACUUAACUCAGCACCAGAAAAUUCAUGCAGGAGAGAAGCCCUACAAAUGUGAAGGGUGUGGGAAAGAUUUUACUCAAAGAUCACACCUAACUCAGCACCAGAAAAUUCAUGCAGGAGAGAAGCCCUACAAAUGUGAAGAAUGUGGGAAAAGUUUUACUCAAAGACCGCAUCUUACUCAACACCAGAAAAUUCACACUGGAGAGAAGCCCUACAAAUGUAAUGAAUGUGGGAAAGGUUUUCCUCAGAGUUCAAGCCUUACUCAACACCAAAGAAUUCAUGAAGGAGAGAAGCCCUACAAAUGUAAUGAGUGUGGAAAAGGUUUUACUCAAAGCUCACACCGUACUCAACACCAGAGAAUUCAUGCAGGAAAGAAGCCCUACGAAUGUAAUGAGUGUGGGAAAGCUUUUAAUCUAAGAGCAUACCUUACUCAACACCACAGAAUUCAUACCGGAGAGAAGCCCUAUAAAUGUAGUGAUUGUGGGAAAAGUUUUACUCAAAGCUCACAACUUACUCGACACCAGAGAAUUCAUGCAGGAGAGAAACCCUAUAAAUGUGAAGAAUGUGGCAAAGGUUUUAAUCAAAGAGCAUACUUUACACAACACCAGAGAAUCCAUACUGGAGAGAUGCCCUACAAAUGUGAAGAAUGUGGAAAAAGUUUUACUCAAAAAACAUGCCUUACUCGACACCAGAGAAUUCAUGCAGGAGAGAAGCCUUACAAAUGUAAAGAGUGUGGCAAAGGUUUUACUCAAAGCUCACACCGUACUCAACACCAGAGAAUUCAUGCAGGUGAGAAGCCCUACAAAUGUGAAGAAUGUGGGAAAGGUUUUACUCAAAAACCACAUCUUACUCAACACCAGAAAAUUCAUACUGGAGAGAAGCCCUUCAAAUGUAAUGAAUGUGGGAAGAGUUUUACUCAAAGCUCAAACCUUACUCAACAUCAGAGAAUUCAUGCUGGAGAGAAGCCCUACGCAUGUGAAGAAUGUGGAAAAAUUUUUACUCAAAGACCACACCUUACUGAACAUCAGAAAAUUCAUACUAGAGAAAAGUCCUACAAAUAUGAAGAAUGUUGCAAAACUUUUAAUAGAGAACCAUGCCCUGUUAAUCUCCACACAAUUCAUACUGGAGGGAAACCCUACAAAUGUAGAGAAUGUGGCAAACCCUUUAAGAAUUGCUCAACCCUUUCUAAACACCUGAGAAGGCAUAGCAGUGAGGAAAUCUACAAAUGUAAAGACUGUGACAAAAUUUUUAAAAAUUUUUCAACUCUUACUGAACACCAAAGGAUUCAUACUGGAGAGAAGCCCUACAAAUGUAAAGAAUGUGGGAAAUGUUUUAAUCGUAGCUCAAACCUUAUUCUACACCAGAGAAUUCACACUGGAGAGAAGCCCUACAAGUGUGAAGAAUGUGGCAAGUGUUUUACUUUCAGAUCAAACCUUAUUAAACAUCAAAGAGUUCAUACUAGAAAGCAUCCCUACAAAUGUGAAGAAUGUGGGAAAGGUUUUGCUCUCAGAGCACAUCUUACUCAACACCAGAGAAUUCAUACGGGAGAGAAACCCUACAAAUGUAAAGAAUGUGGCAAAGGUUUUAAUCAAACACAAAAGCUUUCUGAACACCGGAGAAUUCAUACAGGAGAGAAGCCCUACAAAUGUAAAGAAUGUGGGAAAGCUUUUACUCAAAGAGCACACCUUACUCGACACCAGAGAAUUCAUACAGGAGACAAACCAUACAAAUGUGAAGAAUGUGGAAAAGGAUUUACCCAAACGCGAAAACUUACACAACACCAGAGAAUUCAUACAGGUGAGAAGCCCUACAAAUGCGAAGAAUGUGGGAAAGCUUUUACUCAAAGAGCACACCUUACUCGACACCAGAGAAUUCAUACUGGAGAGAAACCCUAUAAAUGUGAAGAAUGUGGGAAAGCUUUUACUCAAAGAGCACACCUUACCCAACACCAGAAAAUUCAUACUGGAGGGAAGCUCUACAAAUGUAAAGAAUGCAGCAGUGCUUUUAAGGAUGUUUCAUCCUUUAUCAAACACCAGAGAAUUCAUGCAGGAGACAAGGAAAGUCCCAGUCAUAGCACCCCAGAACACCUAUUAGAUUUCCUGCACAUGCUACAAGUACCCAGAGCACUAAAUUGGAAUGUAUUUCCCUAG